AUGGGUAACGCUAGCGCCAAAUCGGUGGAAAUAAAAGCCCCGGAGGCACCUGUGCCAGCGAAUGCUGAAAAACCAAAGCUGAAGCCGUGCUGUGCUUGUCCAGAAACUAAAAGAGCUCGAGAUGCUUGCAUAAUAGAACGAGGGGAAGAAGAAUGUGGACCUCUUAUUGAAGAACACAAGGCCUGUAUGAGAAAAAUGGGAUUCAACAUCUAG